UUGGAAAAUUCCGACCGCACCCCUUAGAAAAAAAAAUGUUAGGAAUUUAUAUAAAAAAAUUGUGAACACGGAUUUAAACCCGACCCAAUUAUGUAAACAAUUUAGCCCACUAAUCUCUUUAAAUAAAACUUGUAUUUCUAUAACCCAACAUCAAGCCCAAUUGAAUAAGUUUAUGGUAAAACCCAACCCAAAUAACUAAAUCAAUUAAAGAAAACAUAACCCAAAUAAACCCAACCGACCUUUCAUCUCUUCCGCCCUCCCCUCUCUGUUGCAGGCUUGCAGCGACCAAGAAUUACUCAGACCAGGCUUCGAUAAGGUCCUCUGUUGCAGGCUUGCAGCGACCAACCGACCUUUCAUCUCGCCGUUGACAGAUUGCAGACCAGGCACAAUGAGUAAGGAUGUUAUGGCGCGAUUUCUCAACAAGAGGAAAACGAUUGAAAUUGGAUCAUCUUCCGAUUUUGUUGAUGUGAAUGAUCUUCCCUCGGAUCCUCAUGAUCGCAAGGCGAUAGCAUCAUACAACGUGAAUCAACGAGAUGAUGUUAGAAGGGCAUACCUACUAAGAGGACCAUGUCAACCAACGGGUCGCGGCCACAUCAAAUAGAACGACAACAACUCAAGUUCCUGACUACCCGAAUCUUCCUUCUCAGUUAUUAUGCCAAGUUCUAAAUUCCACUCUACAUGCUGACAAAGAUACCGAUGAGAUCUAUGCCCAAAUGAGCCUUCAACCUUUGAACUCCGAAAAUGACGCUUUUCCCAUGCCAGAUAUUGGAUCGAGACCGAGCAAACAUCCAAAUGAGUUCUUUUGCAAGACUUUGACCCCUAGUGAUACCAGCACACAUGGCGGCUUCUCGGCGCCCCGUAGAGCAGCAGAAAAGAUUUUUCCACAAUUGGAUUUUUCAAUGCAACCUCCGACUCAAGAGCUUGUUGUUCGAGAUUUGCACGAUAAUACAUGGACAUUCCGUCAUAUAUAUCGAGGGCAGCCGAAACGGCACCUUUUGACUACAGGUUGGAGUAUGUUUGUCAGUGCAAAAAGGCUUAAAGCAGGCGAUGCGGUUCUAUUUAUCAGGGGCGGAGAAUCACAAUUAUUGUUGGGAGUACGGCGCGCAAACCGUCAACAAACGGAUUCACCAUCUUCGGUUUUAUCUACUGAUAGCAUGCACAUAGGAGUUCUUGCUGCUGCAGCUCAUGCCGCUGCUAACCAUAGCCCGUUUACGAUAUCCUAUAACCCAAGGGCAUGCCCUGCGGAAUUCGUCAUCCCGUUGGUAAAAUACAGAAAGUCGGUUUAUGGGAAUCAACUAUCUGUUGGUAUGAGGUUUGGAAUGAUGUUUGAAACCGAGGAUUCAAGAAAGCGCAGGCAUAUGGGGACUAUUACAGGUAUAAGUGAUGUAGAUCCAUUAAGGUGGCCUAGCUCGAAGUGGAAUACUCUUCAGGUGGAGUGGGAUGAACCAGGGUGUGGUGAUAAGCGAAACCGAGUGAGUCCGUGGGACAUCGAGACCCCCGAAAGUCUUUAUAUUUUCCCUCGACUCGCUUCAACCCUAAAACGACCCUUCAACUCUAGCUUCAUAGGAGAACCGCCCGAAUGGAAUAAUACAGUGGCCCAUCCUUUUAUUCGGGCCACAGAAGCCUUAAAUGCAAACUUUUCAAACCCAUCCAUGUUAACAAAAUCUCAAACCAUAAACAAUACCGAACCCGUUUCACUAGUUAUCCAAAAAGCCAUUGCAGCUUCAGACAUAGUAAAACCUGAACCGUCACCUAUUGAGCUCACCAUUAAUCCUCAAACUCUUGUAAAUGAGCUGCCAAUCGAGCAGCUUGAUGAUGUUUGUAACGGGGCAAGUUCGGUUGUUGAUCAAUCAGUCUCGAGUGUCGUUUUGGAUGAGUUUUGCGGGUUUAAAGAUGGUGAUUACAGCGAUCCUUCGGGUUAUUUGGUGAACAACACAUUUAGCUCGGGCUAUGAAUUUCUUGACACCUCAGGAGGGACCUCUUCUAGCAAUGGGGAGUUUAAUGACACCGGGAUCAUGCGGAAUGGCUCAAGACGACAAGUGGGCCCACCUCCUCGUGUGAGAACCUAUACAAAGAUUCAAAAGGCAGGAUCAGUAGGAAGAUCGAUUGAUGUAUCGAGAUUCAAAAACUAUGACGGAUUGUGUUCUGAAAUCGAGAGGAUGUUUGAGCUCGAGGGGCUGCUUAAUGAUUCUAUGAGUUCCGGAUGGAAAUUGGUGUAUGUAGAUUUCGAGAAUGAUGUUCUUCUUGUUGGUGAUGAUCCAUGGGAGGAAUUUGUGGGGUCAGUUCGAUGCAUAAGGAUUCUUUCGCCAUGUGAAGUUAGGCGUAUGGGUGAAGAGGGAAUGCAACUCCUGAACAACAGUACCGCCGCAUUGCAGGCAUUAAUUGCAUAAUCGAUGGCAUUGUACUAUGAUCCUUGGGAGGCUUAUUUGUUUGUGUUAUAGCUUUACAAUAUAUGAGUAUAAGUUUAUUGAUGUU